UAUUUGCCCUAAAUGCCACUGAGUAAGUUCACGCUAAUCUCCAUUCUACGCCGCCUCACGUCACAAAACACAAUGUCUGUGCCUCUUCUCUGAGCACUGAGCUCCACCACUUCCAGCGGGUCCACCGUCCACCGUCCAACCUCCACUCUCCUCCCGGCAUCGACUGAUUAACCAUCGCGGCUAACUCGGGUGGUCGCUCUUCACUACGUUGCGGAUGCGCGACUUAGCAACGCCGAGUCCUCCUCACCUCACUGUCGCUCUCUAGUCUCUCUCUCCACGCAAUCGUCGGCGUCGGGCGUCGGUCUCCACGCAAUCGUCGGCCGUCGUUCUCCAGUCCAUCGGCUCUCCGCACCGUCAGCAACUUGGUUAUCCUCAGUCCUCUGUCUUCCUCAGUCUUCCUCAGUCCUCAGUCCUCGUCAGCAACUGUAGAAGGGUGGUUGACUCGCUGCACACACUGGAUAGUUGUACCCGGCCCGACCAAUUGUUUCGGACAAAAAUAGACCCUGUCGUUUCUCUAUGUAUAAACUGCUUUCACAAACCCCAUGCGUCUAUUCUGCCUCAUAGCUUGCAUCUUCGCCCACUAAUUCAGUAUCAGUGACAGUCCAUAGGACGACGUCUGUUCAAGCAGUGGAGAUUGUUUCUUUGUGUGCUUGUGGACCAUAGCCGCUGGGCUCUUGAGACUUGAGGUGGCGAAGAAGCUCAACAAUGGGAGAGGAAGAGCAAGUGGAAGAACAAGAGCAGGUUGUGAAUCCAUGGGAGGUGUCAGCCAAAGAUGGUGGAAAGAUCGAUUAUGACAAGCUAAUCGACAAAUUUGGAUGCCAGAGGCUUGAGCAAUCCCUUAUCGACCGCGUUCAUCGUCUCACCAACCGUCCACCCCACGUCUUCCUCCGCCGCGGCGUCUUCUUCGCCCAUAGGGAUUUCAAUGAGAUAUUGGACGCCUACGAGAGAGGGGAAAAGUUCUACCUCUAUACUGGCAGAGGCCCCUCCUCUGAAUCUCUGCACUUGGGUCAUCUCAUUCCUUUUAUGUUCACCAAAUAUUUGCAAGAGGCAUUCAAGGUUCCACUUGUUAUACAGCUUACUGAUGAUGAGAAGUGCAUGUGGAAAAAUCUCUCUGUGGAGGAAAGCAAAAGGCUGGCCCGUGAAAAUGCUAGAGAUAUUAUUGCUUGUGGAUUUGAUGUCACUAGAACUUUCAUUUUCCAAGAUUUUGAGUAUGUUGGUGGUUCCUUCUACAAUAACAUGGUGAAGGUUGAAAAGUGUGUCACAUAUAAUAAGGUUGUGGGUAUUUUUGGUUUUACUGGUGAAGAUCAUAUUGGAAAAGUUAGCUUCCCAGCUGUCCAGGCAGUUCCAUCUUUUCCGAGUUCAUUCCCACACCUGUUCUCUGGCAAAGAUGAUCUCCGUUGCUUAAUUCCAUGCGCAAUUGACCAGGAUCCAUAUUUCAGAAUGACGCGAGAUGUUGCUCCUCGGAUAGGAUAUCACAAGCCUUCCUUGAUUGAAUCCUCAUUCUUCCCUGCUUUGCAGGGGGAGACAGGAAAAAUGUCUGCUAGUGAUCCAAAUUCGGCAAUAUAUGUGACUGAUUCAGCUAAGGAAAUCAAGAACAAGAUAAACAAGUAUGCUUUCUCUGGUGGGCAAGAUUCUUUAGAGAAGCAUAGAAAAUAUGGAGCAAACCUUGAGGUAGAUAUACCAGUCAAGUAUUUAAAUUUUUUCCUGGAGGAUGAUGAUGAGCUUGAACACAUAAAAAAGGAGUAUGCUGCGGGACGCAUGCUAACAGGAGAAGUGAAGAAGCGCCUUGCUGAUGUUUUGACUGAAUUGGUAGAAAGACAUCGUUUGGCACGAUCAGCUGUAACUGAUGAAAUGGUGGACGCAUUUAUGGCAGUUAGACCUCUUCCAAAUAUGUUUGACUAAAGUUGAGGUAAUACCAGCGAAUGAAAGAUUUUGUCAUUGCUUUAGAAUGUUGUGCUAGAUGUGAAAUUGAUGUGGAAGUUAUCUAUAUUACAGGAUGUCUUUCGAUUGCUUUAAUUAUAGUUACAAUUGAGUUAUCCUUUGGUGAAACAUUGUUUUGAAACCCAGAGAUGGGCUUAGCUGGUUCAAACUGAACAUUGAUUGACGAACUUAAAUCAGAUGUGGAGGUCAGCCAAUGGCUUGUUUCUUUGGUCAUUGGUUAUACCAUUA